AGCCUCUUGGGCUGUCUUGGUCGGCUCAAGAGCAUUUCGAGCAUUUUCUCCCGAGGAGCUGUCUGGAUUGGCGCUGGCAACGCGCUUCCGCUGGCGAUGGCAGACGCCAUAUGGCCGAGCCUCUUCGAGAGCGCCAAGGCUGCGAAGUCCACACACCUGCGAGACCUUCUCAGGGACGAGGACCGCUGCUCUUCCAUGAUGGUGGAGGCGGAGGGCGUCGUCCUCGACUACUGCCGCCAGAAGGUGACCGCGGACGUGAUGAGCCAGCUGUUCGCGCUCGGCAGGGCGAUGGACGUGCAGGGCAAAGCGAAGGCCAUGUUCUCGGGGGGCAAGAUCAACGAGACCGAGAAGCGGGCGGUCGGCCACGUGGCGCUGCGGGCCCCCAGGGGCGAGCGCAUGGAGGUGGACGGCAAGGACGUGGUCCCCGAGGUGCACGCCGUCCUCGACUCGAUGGCCAGCUUCUCGUCGAAGGUGCGAGGAGGGGAAUUCGUGGGCUUCACCGGGAAGCCGUUGACGGAUGUCGUGUGUAUUGGCAUCGGCGGAUCUUAUCUGGGAGUGGAGUUUGUGUUCGAGGCGCUCAAGACGCACGCCGCGGCAGCAGAGGCUGCGAAGGGCCGGCAGCUGAGAUUUCUCGCCAACGUCGAUCCCAUCGACGUGAAGAGGGCGCUGCAAGGCCUGAACGCCGAGACCACGCUGGUGAUCGUGAUCUCAAAGACCUUCACGACGGCGGAGACUAUGCUGAACGCCCGCACGGUCAAGGCCUGGCUGAUCAAGGAGCUGGGCAGCGACGCAGCUAUUGCAAAGCACGUAGUGGCGUGCUCCACUGCCCUGGAGAAGACGAAGGCCUUCGGCAUCGACAGCGCCAACGUCUUCGGCUUCUGGGACUGGGUCGGAGGGCGCUUCUCGGUGUGCAGUGCCGUGGGCGUGCUUCCGCUCUCUCUGCAGUACGGCUUCGACAUCGUGCGUGAGUUCCUGGACGGCGCCCAUGCCAUGGACAAGCACUUCAGCACGGCGGCCCCAGAGCAGAACCUGCCCAUGCUGCUGGGGCUCCUGACGGUCUGGAAUGCCACGUGCCUAGGCUACGAGGGCUACGCGGUGCUGCCGUACUGCCAGGCGCUCGUGCGGUUCGUGGCGCACAUUCAGCAGCUGGACAUGGAGAGCAAUGGGAAGCGUGUCCAGAUGGACGGAACCGUGUGCCCCACUUCGACGGGCGCGAUAUAUUUCGGCGAGCCAGGCACCAACGGGCAGCACUCCUUCUACCAGCUGAUGCACCAGGGGCGCACCAUCCCCGCGGACUUCAUCGGGUUCAAGGUGUCUCAGCAGCCCAUAUCCCUGGCGGGGGAGCCGGUCGCGAACCACGACGAGCUGAUGUCAAACUUUUUCGCGCAGCCCGACGCGUUGGCCAUUGGGAAGACCGAGGAGGAGGUGCGCGCCGAGGGGGUGCCCGAGGGCCUCGUGGCGCACAAGGCCUUCCCCGGCGACCGGCCCUCGAGCUCGAUCCUGAUGCCCGCCUGCAGCCCGCGGUACCUGGGCGUGCUCCUGUCGCUGUACGAGCACCGGACCGCUGUGCAGGGCUGGGUCUGGGGCAUCAACUCCUUCGACCAGUGGGGCGUCGAGCUCGGCAAGGUGCUCGGCGUCAAGGUCCGGAAGUACUUGAGCGAGGCUCGCAGUGGGGCGGGCGACGCGUCCGUGUUCCAGAGGCCGACGCAGAGGCUUCUGGGCGAGAUGCUGGCGGCGCCGGCCCCAGGGGGAGCCGGCCAGCCGCAGUCCAUCGUGUCCAUGCGGGCCCGUGAGAUCUUCGACUCCCGCGGCAACCCCACGGUGGAGGUCGACGUCUGCACCGAGGUGGGGCUCUUCCGCGCCGCGGUGCCCAGCGGAGCGUCGACGGGCAUCUACGAGGCCCUGGAGCUGCGCGACGGCGACCAGGGGCGGUGCCUGGGCAAGGGCGUGCUGAAGGCCGUGGCCAACGUGAACGACAUCAUCGCCCCGAAGCUGAUCGGCAUGGACGUCACCCGCCAGGCGGAGAUCGACAAGCUGAUGGUGGAGACGCUGGACGGCACGAAGAACGAGUGGGGCUGGUCGAAGUCCAAGCUCGGCGCCAACGCCAUCCUCGCGGUCUCCAUGGCGGUCUGCCGAGCGGGGGCCGCCGCCAGCGAGAUGCCGCUCUACCAGUACAUCGCCGCCCUGGCCGGCAAGCCCACGGACAGGUUCGUGAUGCCCGUGCCCUCCUUCAACGUCAUCAACGGGGGCAGCCACGCUGGGAACCGGCUGGCAUGCCAGGAGUUCAUGAUCUUGCCGACGGGGGCGUCCAGCUUCAAGGAGGCGAUGAUCAUCGGCGCAGAGGUGUACCACACGCUGAAGGGAGUGAUCAAGAAGAAGUACGGGCAGGACGCGUGCAACGUUGGCGACGAGGGCGGCUUCGCUCCUGGAGUGCAGGACAACAGCGAGGCCCUGGACGUGCUCAUGGAGGCCCUCGCGAAGUCCGGGCACGCGGAUAAGGUCAAGAUCGGAACGGAUGUGGCGGCGUCGGAAUUCUGGAAGCCCGAGAUCCAGAAGUACGACCUGGACUUCAAGAACCCCGCCGGAAGCAGCCCAGAGAUGCAGAAGACCGCCGAUGAGAUGAUCGAGUACUACAAGGCGUGGUUUGCCAAGUACCCGUUUGUGUCCAUCGAAGACCCGUUCGACCAGGACGACUUCCCAGCGUACACCAAGUUCUGCGAAGCGGUUGGCAGCGGCAUGCAGAUAGUCGGAGACGACCUGCUCGUCACCAACCCGACGCGCGUGAGGAAGGCGUUGGGAUGCAAGGCCUGCAACGCGCUGCUCCUGAAGGUCAACCAGAUCGGAUCCGUCACCGAGGCGAUCGAGGCCGCCACCAUCUCGAUGGCCGCCGGCUGGGGCGUGAUGGUGUCGCACAGGUCUGGGGAGACGGAGGAUGCUUUUAUCGCCGACCUCGUGGUGGGCUUGCGCACAGGCCAGAUCAAGACCGGCGCGCCGUGCCGCUCCGAGCGGCUCGCCAAGUACAACCAGCUGCUCCGCAUCGAGGAGGAGCUGGGCGGGCUGUGCUCCUACGCCGGGCUGGACUUCCGCUGCCCGGCCUGACCGCUGUGUGCCGCGCGGCCCAAGUUUCGGAGGCCGGAGGCCUCUUAGCCUUGUUAUGCCGUCCUGCUGUUUCGCGCCGGUCUCGUAGUUUGAUUUGCGCGCGCACUUGUAGAAGUGUGCACUGUUAGCGCGGACGUAGCAAGGCAUAGGCGAAAGGUGCUUGCAUCGUUUUUCAGGCGACCAGUUGUUAGGGUGCUGUGCGGAUGUCUCUUGCAGUCAGAAACAAAACUCUAAGACUUCGACGCCUCGCUUCGGUGGCCUUCCGCCGGCUUCUGCUGCCCGCGGAGCCGCCGUGCUGCUUCCGCCGGCCUCCGCUCGCCCUCCGCCUGCUUCUGCUCCGGAGGGCGGGGACGGGCCGAGGGCAAAGCCCCCCCGGGAGCGCGCCGCGCGGGAGCCCGCGCCAAGGCAGCAGUGCUGGAGGA